UCAUGGACAUGUUCACCACCAUUUGCAUGCCCGGGGCGGUGUAAGAUUGCGAGGUUGCAAGCUUGCAAUGCACUGGUGAGAAUUACUACUUACUAGGGAUAAAACUGUAAUUCUGUGUUGGUCAGAAUGCCACCUAAUGCCGCUGCCGCACUCGCAGGCCUCCGCCGACUCUGCACCACCACGGACGCCGCCACAAUCACAAUCUCGAGAGCAAAAUCCCAACUCCGAAGCGAGUUUGACCCGGACAAGGCCCUGCAGAUCUACUCCUCCGUGUCGAAGCACUACUCCUCCCCAGUAACCUCCCGCUACGCCCUCGACCUCACUAUCCGCCGCCUCGCCAAGUGCCGCCGCCACUCCGACAUUGUGGACCUCAUCGAGUCCCAAAAGUCUGACCCCAAGGUGGCCUCGGAGCCCUUCCUCUCCACCCUCAUCCGCUCCUAUGGCAUCGCCGGCAUGUUCGACCGUGCCCUUCAGACCUACCACCAAAUGGACACCUUCGGCACCCCUCGAACCUCCGUCUCCUUCAACGCCCUACUCACUGCCUGCGUCAACUGCGCCCUCUACCACAACGCCCCCCACCUGUUCGACGAAAUUCCCAAGCAGUACGGCGUCGUUCCAGACAAGGUCUCCUAUGGCAUUCUUGCCAAGUCCUUUUGCCGAAUUGGUGACCCUGCAAAGGCCCUCCAGGUCUUGAAGGACGCUCAGGGAAACGGCGUCGAGAUCACGGCGGUUACUUAUACCACAAUCUUGGAUGUUCUGUUCAGGAAGGGGAAGAUUGAUGAGGCUGAGAAGCUGUGGAGGCUGAUGGAGGAGAAGGGUUGUGUGGAUGUAACUGCCUAUAACAUGAAGCUUAAGUUUCUGACUGCCGGCGGUGGCGGCUUGCCGGAGAAGGUGAAUGGUUUAAUUGAUGAAAUGGUGAAGGCACGGUUUAUGCCUGAUACAAUCAGUUAUAAUUACUUGAUGACUUGUUAUUUCAAGAAUGGGAUGGUGGAGGAAGCCAAGGAGGUUUAUGGUGGACUACGUGGGAAGCAAUGUCGUCCGAAUGCUGCGAUGUUUAGGACCGUGGUGUAUUUUUUGUGCAGGAAUGAGGAUUUUGAGGGUGGGUACAGGGUUUUUAAGGAGAGUGCCAAGGUGAACAAGAUUCCGGAUUUCAACACCAUGAAGAUUUUGGUUGAAGGGUUGGUGAAGAAAGGGAAGAAGGAGGAGGCGAAGAAGCUGAUUGGAACAGUUAAGAAGAGGUUUCCUUGUAACAUGUUGAAAGCAUGGGCUAAGGUCGAGAGGAACCUCAACUUGGUUUCUGAUGAUGGUGCUGAUAGUGUUGAGUCUAAAAAGGAUUCGGAGUCAUAGGUAACAACCAAGGUCUAUUGUGGAAAUUAUUUUUGGUUGUUCAUGGCUUGGGUUGUAUUGUGGUUAAAAGGAGCAUUUCAAGGUCAUCCAUGCUUCAUUUCAUACUCUGGCUGCAGUAAUUAAUAUUUGAUAUUACAUGGAGCUUAAUCUUGACUUUCAUAGUUGGAGUUUAAAUGUUUAAUAGCUGCAAACAAGUUUCUUCUAGUGAAAAAUUUGAAGAAUCCAAUAGAUGUUUGGAAUGGAACUUCAAAGUUUAGUUGUUGGGAAUGUCUCUGGUGGGGGAAAGAAUAAUCUGGUUUUUAAAGGACUAUACAAAAAUAUUCCAAAUGAAUGGUUUAGAUUGCAUUCGUACUGAAUUUGUUAGAAAUACUAGUUUUGAUCCAAAAUUAAAUGUAUUUGCAGAUUGGCUCCAACAUGGUCUGAUUGGAUCAACCCUGUAAUGACCUUGUUUUUUUUUGGACAAAUUGAUGAAUGGUUUUUUCUUU